CAAACUAGCUCGGUUAUUUGGCGCAAAUAUUUUUAGACCACCCGCUUUACUAUUUCCGGACGCGCCAAUAACAGAUUUCGCUACCAGCUUUUUAUUGUCAACGAAUUCCCCCCAAUUCCAAUCCUUACUAUUCUUCCCCUCAAAUCGACCUCGAUUUUUCUUCUCGACUUUCAAAUCAAUCUUUCAUUUGUCUAAUUCGUUCUCUUCUCUAUCCAUCUAUACUUUUUUCGGCUAUAGCAGUUUUGAAAAUCAAAUUUCGAUUUUAGGGUUUCAGAUCUCCUCUAUUUUUUCUAUAGAUCUGUUCAAUUCCGAGUUCUUUUUGUAAAAUUAAUUGUUAUUAUAUCUUAAUUUCGUUUUUUCUCCAUUGAUUUCUCUGGGUUUUUUAAAGAAAAAUAGGGUUGAUCUUCUUCCGAUAUAAAUAAUCUGCGGAUUUGGAAUUUCUUGUUCAAUUUUAAAUUCUUUGAACCAAUUUUUGAUUGAUUUAAUUAAUUUAAUUUUUAAUUGAAGAGUUGUAUCUGAACUUGGGGAUCUAGAGUUAGGGUUUUCAUAAAAAAUUGCAAUUCAUACUUUUACCUCUCGAUUUUCCCCCCCCAAAAAAAAAAGAAACUUACAAUUUUACCCGUAUUUAUAUUGCUGUCCUCAAAUUGAAAAAUUGGCUAGCUCAGUUUUGACGAAGACCAGCUUCCCGUUCAAGCUAAUUAUGGUGCAAAAAAGGUCGUAUGGUGAAGAGGAGUUGUAUGAGGUUUCAUCUAAGCAACCAAGACAUGAACCUAGCUGUCAGUUAGUUUCAGUUUUGGAACUUUCUCGUGAAUCAGUGGCUGUGAAGGCUUAUGCUUCAGGUGGUGAUGAGGAAAACUCUUCAAGAACCAAUGCUGACAGCAAACCUGAUAGUCACAAUGUGGCUGAAGCUCUUUUUUCUUCUGAGAAAGAAACUGAGAUGGGCAUUUAUGGCUCUGCUUCUAACUCUUCCUGGCCCACCAGUUGCACCAGUGAGGAAGACAUCAGGCCUGAGGCGCGUUUUCACAUAUUGAUGUCUCCUGAAUAUUACUAUUUUGAUAAUCCGUUCAGGGCCGCUGCUCAUCAUGGGGAGAUGCAUUCUUCUCUAUUGUGUGAUCCUCCUCAAAAGAUGGUCCCUAUUGGACCUGAUUUUCAAGCAGAAUUACCCGAAUGGGUUGCAUUUGGUAAUCAGGAUAAACUGUACGUGGAGGGCAUACAUGAAACUCUGUGUCCUUCAUCGCAAGCUGAUGAAAAUAAACUUGCUGGUACGAGUAUCAUUACAAUGCCUGCAAUGGAGCUAUGUGCAGAUCAUGGGGAGAAUAUUGUAGAGAGAGGAGGCGAAUGUCCAUGUGAAGAUAUAGGUUCCAUAAGAUGUGUUCGGCUGCACAUCAUGGAAACAAGGGAAAAACUAAAGCUAGACCUUGGCGAGGAGACAUUUGUUAGGUUGGGUUUUUGUGACAUGGGAGAGGUAGUGGCAGAAAAAUGGAGUGAAGAGGAAGAGGAAUUAUUUCAUGAGGUUGUAUUGUCCAAUCCUGCAUCACUGGGCAAGAAUUUCUGGAACCAUCUUGCUAUUGAGUUUCCUUCACGGAGCAGGAAGGAACUUGUUAGCUAUUAUUUUAAUGUUUUUAUUUUGCGAAAACGUGCUGAGCAGAACAGAUUUGAUCCACUGAACAUAGACAGUGAUAAUGAUGAGUGGCUGGAGAUUGUUGGUGAUGCUGAUCAGGAAGCUAAUAUGACGGAUGAAGAUGAGGAGUCUGUGGUUGAAUCCCCAGCAUAUCAUAAUGAUCUCAGUGGCAAUGGGAUCCAUGAGGAGCUCGAUAAACAUCAUGAGGAUGUCGGUGAUGCUACCUGGGAAGAUUAUAAGGCUGUAAAUGUUUGUAGCACGAAGGUCUUCACUGAUGUGCCGGAAUCAUGUCCUGGUGAGCUGUUUGAUAGUAACAGCAGUUAUAAACUUAGUUUACAGCCUCAAGACCAAGGCCUAUCAAAUAAAGUGGUUAAGCAAGAAGUCCAAGAUGGCUCCUGUACCACUGUUGCAGCCGGGGUUACUUCAGAAUCAUCACUAGGGCAGACCAACAAUGGUAAAUGUUGGGCUAAUGAUAUUACUGGUAUGGGCAGUGGCACUGAGCAUGAUCGUGUGUUUGGGCCAUGUAGUUGCAAAGAAUGGGAUGUUGGGUACUUGAGCUGUUGUGCCAGAAAUGAAGUUGAUUUGUUACCAACCUGCACUAUGAUUGAAGAAGUCUUUGGGGAUGGAGCCUGGAUAUACAAGAGUUGAGAUGGUUAAGGGUUAAGCUAUGUUUUGACAUUUACAUUCAUGCUGUAGACAGAGGCAGGUUUUGUGUGGUUGAAUCAAUCUGGUGAUGCUUCAUUUGCAGGUUCCGGUUUUCCUUGUAUAUUCAUAAUGCUGGUGGAAGAUAAUUUUUACUCUCUUCAAGAAAUGACAUUACAAGGGUGUUACAGGAGCUGAUGGAUGCUAUGCUUUUGGAACUGUACAGUAGCCAUUAUUUGAUUUGCUUAACACCAGUUUCCUGGGAAGCUGUUUUGACUGACAGUAGGUUCUUAGAAUUUAUUUGUAAAGUUAAACUAUGGCCAAUUGAGCCAUAUUUCCAAAAAAGGGGGAUGAAGAUCCUUUUAAAAAUUCUUAUAUACGUAAAUUUAGUUGUUUUGUACAGUCGCGGAUUUCCUCUCUUUUUA